AUGGAAAUUUUGGAAAUUUCUCAUUUUAAUAUUUGUCAGCAACGAAGAUUCGAUUUAUUAAUUCAGUUUCAACGUGCUCAAUUAGCUAUGCAACAUAUGAAUUAUUUUCAAGCAAUUCAUGGUACGACGAAUGGUACAAAUGUUGGACAGAAUGAACAAAAUAUUCAAACAUUGCCACAGAACUUUAUUUCUCAAUUAAAUUCGUUAAAUUCAGUUGAUACGUCAGAAGAUAGCGAUAAUCAACAAUUCUCACCAACAUCGAAGGAAAAUUUUUGUAUAAAAACCAGAAGAGCAUUGCCUGGAUCGGGUCAAACUAUUUCACAGUUAACGAAAGAUCGCCUUAAGAAUAUGAUAACAACAAAAAUGAAUAGAAGUCGUGCUGAUAGCAAUGUACUUAUUUCACAUUCUUCACAAUCCUCAUCAGUCACUGGUUCAGGUGUUCUACCAUCGUCAAGCGCCAUUAAUUCAGGAUGUGCGUGGAAUAAUAAUUUGGACCAUUCAACAUCACAAAAACAAAUGAUUGCCUCAAUAAACGCGCCAACUUCGUCACCGCAUUUCGAGCCUUAUCCGAUUCCUUCAACAGUUCAUGCUUCACAUUCGGGAGCAGCUUUACCUUCGAUCUACCAAUUACGAAAAGUUAAUAGUGAGCCGAAUUUGAAAAUGCGUAUUCGAGCAAAAUUAUUGAGUAAAGGAUCGAGUCCUAUUCAGAUGCAUCACAGUAGUGCUUUUACCUUUCCACUUCGUCAAAAUUUAAGUAAUGAUGGCGAUUUUUUAAUGGAUACUGGCUUUGGAUCGAAUGUUUCGGUUGAACAACAGCAGUCUUCACCAUUGUUCGCUAAUGCCCCACAUUUAAUAAUUCCUUCUCCUUCUUUACCAAAUUUAACAUCUUCAUUGCAAAUGGAUAUGUCUGUGUUAUUAGCUCAAGCUGCUCACUCACCUUUCUUUUCAAUGCCAUCAUUGCAAAAAACAAAUCUUUUAGCUACACCACCUAUAUCAAUCAUUGACUCAAUUCUUGAUCCAGUUAUGAGUUCAGAGGCAAAUAAUCGUCAAUCAAUUAAAAUGGAUUUGCGCACUUUUUAUUCACCGAUUCCGCUAGGUGGUUAUCCAUCUUUAUUAAAGCAACAGUUACGUGAUCUUGUUUUGAGGCGGAAAUCGCUUGUACGCGAAGAACCCGAAGAUGAAGCUGCAUUGGAUGUUUCACUUCUUCCUCGAACAUGCGAUGGACUGUCACUUAGCUCCGAUUCAGCUGAUACUAUUAUUCUGAAGACAGGCCUUGUUUAUGACUCGCUCAUGGCAAAACACCAAUGUGUAUGUGGCAACAAUAACAAUCAUGUAGAACAUGGUGGGAGGGUGCAGUCAAUAUGGGCUACUCUUAUUGAAAGCGGCUUGGUGGACAAAUGUGAGCGUAUAAAUUCGCGUAAAGCCUCUCUUGAUAUGCUUAAAAUGGCACAUUCACCUACAUAUGUUACUUUCUUUGCUGUUUCACCUACAGCAUGUCUAAAGAUGGAACCGACUCAAUUACCAGUAAAAAGUUUCGUGCAGUUGCCAUGUGGAGGCAUCGGAGUUGAUUCCGAUACAUAUUUUAACGAUGCUUCAACUCAAAUCGCAGCACGGUUGGCAGCAGGAUGUUUAAUCGAAUUAGUUUCUCAGGUGGCAGAAGGAAAAGUGCGCAAUGGCUUUGCAUGUAUUCGUCCUCCAGGACAUCAUUCAGAAUACGAUCAAGCGAUGGGGUUCUGUUUCUUUAAUAAUGUUUCGAUUGCAGCGAAAUAUUUACAACAUCGCUUUCAAGAUUCAUAUUCUCGAAUUGCAAUAAUCGACUGGGAUGUACAUCAUGGAAAUGGAACUCAACUUUUUUUUGAGUCCGAUCCAUCUGUACUUUAUAUUUCAUUGCAUCGACAUGACAAUGGUAACUUUUUUCCAGGCACUGGCGCUGUCACCGAGGUUGGGACUGGAGCUGGUAAAGGUUUCACAGUUAAUAUACCAUUUUGUGGUGAAAUAAUGGGUGACUGUGACUAUCUCGCUGCUUGGCGUGUUGUUGUUAUCCCUAUUUUAGAACAAUAUAAUCCAAAUUUUAUUUUGGUGUCAGCCGGUUUUGACGCGGCACUUGGACAUUCUCAAGCACUUGGCGGGUAUCAGCUUUCUCCUCAAAUUUUUGGACAUUUUACUCGUCAACUGAUGAAUUUUGCUGAUGGUCGAAUUGUUUUGGCAUUAGAAGGUGGCUAUGAUCUUCCAUCUAUGUGCGAAUGUGCCCUUGAAUGUGUAAAGUCACUUUGCGAUAAUAGUUCAGGAACGAAUGGAAAACUCAGCGAAGAAGCGUUAACUGCGAUUCCUAAGCAAAAUGCGCAAGACGCUAUUCAAAAGGUCAUAGCUAUCCACAAAAGGUUUUGGCCGUGCUUAGCAUCGUCUCAAGGGAUCGGAAUGAGUGAACUGCAUUGGCAGACCAUGGCUCAGCGUUUUGCUACAUUAACUGUUUGA